AUGGAUUCAAUCACGCCGCGGGACUCGUCCCUUCCAAGAGUACGAAGACCGAAGCAUAUGCAUUCAUCAAGAACUAUCAUAAUAGGAGCUCUAUGUAUUUGUCUCUUAACGCAUACAAUGCUUUAUGGAUUUAUACUGCCAGUACUUCCUACCGCGCUAGUCACCCGUUUCUCGAUCCCAAAUAAAGACGUGAGUCGCUGGAUUGGCAUACUGCUUACUGUUGAGGCGUUGGCAACUCUUCUUUUCAGCUCCGGGAUCGGCUAUGUGAUAAAGUUCAUGCAUAGCCGGCGUCUUACUUUGCUAAUUGGAAUUUUACUUCUUGGUAUCGCUAUGGUAAUAAUUGCUGUUUCCAAAUUAAUAAGUGUUCUCGUCGUUGGGCGAAUUGUACAGGGCAUUUCGUCUGCAAUUAUCCAGGUAGUGAGUGUCACAAUCAUAUUAGAUUGUUCACCCGAAGAUAGUGUUGGACAAUCCAUGGGUUAUGCUGGUGCGGCUAUGAACUUGGGAUUUCUAACCGGUCCACUGCUUGGAGGAGUUGUGUAUCAAUUCUUGAACUGGAAUGGGCUUUUUGGGGUUGUUGGGGGCUUUUUGGUUCUCAAUCUGGCCGUACCUAUUUUAAUUCUACCUCUUGAACGACAGCCUCAGGAUAAUCCGGCAUCCCAGUCAUCUCAAACGAAUUCAACACCACAAGCUAGCACACAGGCUAUCAAGUCCUUUUCGUUAUUAGAUCUGUUACGCGAACCUGCCAUGCGAGUAGGGCUCUGGGGAGUGAUUGUGAGCGGCAUCUUCAUCUCGGCGAUCGAUACAGUUCUUCCAGUCUUUGUCCAGGAGCAGUUUGACUGGAACUCGCUGGGGCAGGGAUUAAUAUUCUUACCAGUUUCCCUACCUGCAUUACUUGAGCCGAUCUACGGAUGGCUGGCCGAUAGGUAUGGAGCCCGAAUAGUAGGAAUCGUGAGCUUCUUGGCAUUGGUACCGAUCACAGUUUGCCUUCGGCUCGUGAAAUCAAAUUCGAUAGGAACAAAAGUACUAUUAUGUGCAUUAUUGACCGGCAUCGGUGUAUUUCUAGAUUCGACUGAGCCAGCGGGCUACGUACUUAUGGAUGACGUAUUGAAAGACAUGGAAAGCAAAUCUGGCGGUAGGUAUGAUUGGAAACUCGUUGUGGCCCGCUCUUUUGGUGUUCAGAAUGCUGCUCACUACUUCGGCAUUACGAUUGGACCAGUUAUCAUAAAUUCCCUGCCAGAUUCAGAUAGAAUUGGUGCAGUAGGUCUUCUACUUGGGUGUCUUUCUGCUGUGACAUUCUUGCUUUGGGUAUGGGGCGUGAAGAAUCCAGAGAAGGAAGAACCUGAGCUUGAAGAUGGAGUUGAGCUGGCCCCUCGUGGAGUUCAAUUAGGAAAUUCAAUUCCGGCUGUAUCUUCCCAGAACUGA